AUGGUUGACGUUUUCAACGUUGAGAUCUUCUUCGUGGUCUUUAGAGAAUCCUUGGAGGCUGUCGUGGUGGUCUCUGUUCUCUUGGCAUUCUUAAAACAAGGUCUUGGAGGUGCCACCGAAGACCCAGUUGUUUACAAACGAUUACGAAAACAGGUCUGGCUAGGGUCAGGUCUAGGACUCUUAAUCUGUUUGUGUAUUGGUUGUGCUUUCAUCGCUGUUUUUUAUACUCUUAAAGACGAUGUAUGGUCAGAGUCUGAAGACUUGUGGGAAGGUAUUUUCUGUCUUAUUGCCACCAUCAUGAUCACAUUCAUGGGUCUUGCCAUGUUACGUGUCAACAAAAUGAAAGAAAAGUGGAGAGUCAAGUUGGCACAGGCAUUGGUCAAAACUCCUGAGGACUCCAAGAAGAAGUGGCUUGGGUUUGGUCAUUAUGCUAAGAAAUAUGCCAUGUUUAUUUUGCCUUUUAUUACUGUGUUGAGAGAAGGUUUGGAGGCCGUCGUUUUUGUGGGUGGAGUUGGUUUGAGCUCAUCUGCUACUUCUUUCCCCAUUCCUGUGAUUUGUGGCUUACUUGCGGGUCUCCUUGUUGGUGUCAUCAUGUACUACACCGGAGCCAACUUUUCGUUGCAAAUUUUCUUGAUCGUGUCCACGUGCGUCUUAUACUUGAUUUCGGCAGGUUUGUUUUCCAGGGCCAUCUGGUUCUUCGAAACCUACGUUUUCAACCAGCUCACUGGUGGAGACGCCUCUGAAAAUGGAUCGGGUCCAGGUACCUACAACAUUAAGAAGUCUGUAUGGCAUGUUAACUGCUGCAACCCCGAGUUGGACAACGGGUGGGAUGUAUUCAAUGCCUUGUUAGGCUGGCAAAAUUCUGCCACCUACGGCUCUGUCAUCUCCUAUAAUAUCUACUGGCUUUUUAUCAUUGUGACUGUCUUUUUGAUGGGUUUCGAAGAGAAAUACGGUCACUUGCCAUUGCUCAAGAACGUCACGUUGAGGUCCUUGAAUCCAAUGUACCAUAUCAAGGGCAAAAAGAAGAAUGAGUUGUCGAAAGCUGAAAGAGAUGCUUUGUUCGAAAAGGUAAAGAACCAGAGAAUCGAUGACGAAGAACGUUCUAACGAGUCUCUCAUGAACAAAGCCGAGAAGACUUCUGUUUCUGGAAGCAACUAA